GGGAAGGAACCGCGACCUGGGCGGGGUAGGAGGGCCGUGAGCGCUCAUGGCGGGCGGCGUGGACGAGGAGGUACUGCACCAGCUGUACCUGUGGGUGGACAACAUCCCCCUGUCCCGGCCCAAGCGGAACCUCUCGCGGGACUUCAGUGACGGGGUCCUGGCUGCUGAGGUGGUGAAGUUUUACUUCCCCAAGAUGGUGGAGAUGCAUAACUAUGUUCCAGCCAAUUCUGUACAGCAGAAAAUCAACAAUUGGAUUCACCUGAAUAGAAAGGUGUUGCACAAGCUGAAUUUCUCCGUCCCUGAGGAUGUGAUUCAGAAGAUUGCCCAGUGCUCCCCGGGAGUGGUGGAACUGGUGUUGAUCCCACUGCGGCAGAGGCUGGAGGAAAAAAAGCAAAGAAAACAGGGGGUUGGCUCAUCUCAGGUGCUGAGUCUCCAGGAAGGCAGCAACUACAUGGAUAUGGGUUUCUCCCAGAAGACCCCAGGGGGUGGCACCGUGGAGCCCCAGAAAGCUGGGCAGCUCAGGGGAGGCAAGUUUCUCCCUGCAUCUAGCCAGGCCAUGCAGGGGGACCCGAGCUUUGUCGUCCAGAUGGCUGAGAAGGAGCAAGAGCUGUUGGCCUCCCAGGAGACGGUCCAGGUCCUUCAGAUGAAGGUACGACGCCUGGAACAUCUGCUGCAGCUCAAAAACGUCCGCAUUGAUGACCUGAGUCGACGCCUUCAGCAGGCCCAGCGCAAGCCGCGGUGAGCGGAGCGAGGAUGGAGGCCCUGUGCCACUCCCCCCUCCCCUUCUAGCCUCCCUUUCUGGAAGUGCCUCUACCGACCGCAUGUCCGAGCAUAGCUGGACAGACUGACCUCGGGUCCUGGAAUCCUGAUCCCUUAGGCAUUUCUGCCCUGAUCAUAGGCAGCGAGCGACAACUGAAAAGGCUUGGGCUGCCCGCCUGGCAUCUCAGAGCCUGGGGUGGGAGGCCCCGGAGUGGUCCCCAAACAGAACGCCCAAGUCAGGAUCUCUUCCUUCCCUUGUGGAAAGUCCCCAAGCAUCCCUCCGGCCCAGGAAGGAUGUUGGGAGCACGAGAGGUGGGGCAGGCCCAGCUGCCGCUGGUAUAGUGGGUGCUGAAUGUCACAAAAAAGGGUAGGGAAGUGGGUCAGGGACUUGGGUGCCUGGGGAACCAGCCCUUCCUCCUAUGCCUAGCAUCUUUCCUUGUUCUGGACUUAGUCUCCUCCUCCCCCCAGGCUAGGUAAAAGAGGUAUCCCUUAGAACCUGAACCCAGAACCCAGACAUCUUACCUGCUUUCUGAAAUCCUGGUCACACGGGCCGCAGAGUGCUCUAUGGGGCACCCUUCUACCCUCCACAUGCUCUGGGAAAACAUGGCCCUGGCCCUCAUUUCAGUUGCACCCCCUGCAAUGCAUGUAACUGGGCACCAUCAACCAGCACUUUGAGCCAUCUUAUCCUGAACCAGAGGGGCAUGUGCCUGGCUUCUUCUCGUUCUCUCCUUGCCCCUGGCUGACCCCACCACCACAGUAAAGCAGAGCCGGUCCUGUGUGCCCCCUUGUCAACCAGGAGCACCAGGGCAGGCCAGGGCUUCCUGUGGCCAGGACGUCAAGGACAGAGGUCGGGGAAGACACAGGCUGCCUGACUUUGGCCCCCAGCCUUAGCCUGAAGCAGCCCUUCUCAGUCUUGGGAAGCAGAGGCCAUGGGUCUUUGGUCCUUCUGUCACAGAGAUCCCACAGGGAAAAGGGCUGCGUUAGAGAAAGAUGCUGGGGAGAGAAAGCUGGAACAUUCCCCCCAAUAAACACGUAUUGUUCUCA